AUGGGCAAGAUCACCAAGUUCGGCGACGAUGGCGAGGAGGUUACCAUGAAGGAGACCCCGACCUCUCACCAGCCCGAGACUCAGGAUGAUGUCUCCAUGGCGGAUGCGGGCGAGGAGGGCGAGGAGGGCGAGGAGGAGUACGAAGAGGAGGGAGCGUCAACUAAAGUUAGACUUCUUCCCGGCUCUACGCCCACUGCCGCUUCUUUCGAGUUCCUCGAGGAAAACCAUACUCUUGGCAACGCUCUCAGAUACGUCAUUAUGAAGAACCCUGAUGUCGAGUUCUGCGCCUACGCCAUUCCCCAUCCCUCCGAGGCCAAGAUGAACGUCAGAAUCCAGACCUACGAGGGCACAACCGCUGUCGAGGCGCUCCGCAAGGGCCUGCGCGACAUUCAGGAACUCUGCGACGUGGUGUCGGACAAGUUCCUUGAGGCUCGCAAUGACUUCGCCGAGAAGAAGGCUUCUGCGUCCGCAUAA